AUGUUUUCAUUGUUUUAUGGACUUUGGAAAUAUUUGGUCAGUAAGACAGAGUUUCAUGUACUGAUUCUUGGAAUUGACAAGGAUGGAAAAACGACCUUACUGGAGAAAUUGAAGACACAAUAUUCAAACUUAGAAGGCCUUCCCCCUGAUCGAAUUGUUCCUACUGUUGGAGUCAAUAUUGUUCGAAUAGAAACUUUAAAUACAAAACCUGUGUUUUAGGAUCUUGGAGGUUAGUUUGGUCUUCGUUCAAUUUGGGAGAAAUAUUAUGAGGAGGAAAAUGUUGUUAUCUUUGUAGUUGAUGCUUCUUGUCCAUCACGUUUUGAAGAUUUCAAAUUUGUCAUUGAAAAGCUGCUUAUGCAUGAGGAUCUGCAAGGUGCCCUUCUUAUAAUACUAGCCAACAAACAAGAUCUUGUUGAUGCUGUAUCAAUAGAAGAACUUGUUCAGUAUUUGGACCUGAAGAAAUUAGAUGAAAGAGCUUAUACAUUUGAAGUUGCUUCAGGGUACGAUGGCCUUGGUUUGAGG